AUGCUUUCCCUGGUCCUUAAGGCUGAGUUGGAGGGCGUAACCGACCUCCAGCCCUCUGACACCGAGGAAAACCCCUACUUUUACACUUUCAAGGUGCAAUGCAGUUCUUGCCGCGAGACGCACCCGAACUGGGUCAGCUUCAAUCGGUUUGAGCAACAUGAGAUCCCCGGUAGCCGUGGCGAGGCCAACUUCGUCUGGAAGUGCCGGCUAUGCACGAAAACUCACACUGCUUCCAUUAUCUCGGGCCCCAAUGUCUACGAAGCUGAUGAGAAGAAGGCUGGCAAGAAGAUCAUCGAGCUGGACUGCCGCGGACUUGAGUUCGUCGACUUCCAGGCUGAUGGAGAGUGGGAGGCCAAGGGUGCUGAGACCACCACACGUUUCAAGGAAAUCGAUCUCAUGGAGGGUGAGUGGUAUGACUACGAUGAGAAGGCUGGUGAGGUCAGCAUCAAGGAGAUCACCUGGACUCUUAGCCGUUGA